AUGCUUCAAUCAGUGGCCGCCGGGUGGACAUCCGUUCGCGUAACCUUCGGCCGCGGACCUCGCCGCGUCAGGUUCCGGGUUCGCGCCCAUGUCAGUUCGCAGCUCCUGCUUGGCGGCGGCAACGGGCCCCCUCCACCAUCGAGGGCCUCCGUCCUCCGGGAUAGCCUCCGGGUUCUGGAAUGGGACAAGAUUUGCGACGCCGUCGCAUGUUUCGCUGGCACUGCCCUGGGCCGGGAUGCAACCAAGGUGGGUCGGCUCUGUCCAUCCCCUUCCCUUCUGGGUUUUGAUGUUCUGCGAAUUGAGGUCGUCUCUUUGGUUUUCCCCAGGAGUUGCUGUGGAGAUUGGACUUGAGUUAUGAAGACAGCAAGACCCUCUUGGCCGAGACGGCGGCUGCGGUGGAGAUGAUCAAGUAUGGAGCUGGCGGGGUGGACUUGAGCGGGGUUGACGUCCUUCUUGUGAGUGCUCUCUUCCUAUGUUUGUGUCCCCUGAUUCUGAGAAUUAUCGUGAGCUAGAUAUCAUGCCUUGAAGCAUGACAAAAUGAGAGCAAAAGAAAUAGAACAAAAGGUGCCUAGUUUUUAUUGUUUCAAGAGGAUGUGCUCAGUGUAGUCGGUUGCCUGGGAAGCUCUGGUUAUCACUCAAUGGAUGUCUUUUUUUUUGCCUACACCGGCAUCAUGUACCAAAUCCUUCCUUCGAAGUUUAUCUUAGGAAUAGUUGCAUUUGUUUUUAAUGAAGGCCACUUUUGGUUCAGUUUUUUUCAUCAAUUCAUAUUAUUACCUACGACAACAUCUGCAUGGAGGAGAAACGGUGUUGUCUGAGUUCAGCUUAUUUAUUUAUUUUUAAAUUUUUCUCCCAUUUUCAAUGUUGAUGUAUUCUAUUAGCCACAGAUACACAGGAGAGAGGAUUUCAAAUUCUUGGGAUAUUCUAUAAGCGAGGAGACACUUGGUCCCAGAGCGGCUGCUGGUUUAAACCCCUCCUUUGCUCAGUGACCUGGGUCGGGUUCCUUUACGAUGUUUUCUGCAGCAUUCAAGCUAUUGCAUGCAUAUGUAGGUGUUAGUCUCAUUCUUCAGAUUGAAUCAUGUUCCUUAUUACCUGACUAGAAAUGGAGAAUUACAGGAGAACCAUCCACAGGGAAUAGGUCAAAAAUGGAUUGGUAUGUCUUAGAAAUCAAUUCCUGAACCUCUUGUUUUUAAAAAAAAUAAAAAAUAGUGGUAAACUCACCAGUUUCAUGUCAGAAAUAUUUAUUAGAAAAAGGUGGAGUAGGAUGCCUAGGUCAGAAGGGGAUAAUUAUUGGAAAGUGCGUUGUCUCAUGGUACAAUUGUCCUUGUGAAAGUGUAUUUUUCCACAAUCUUAAUUCUAUCAUUAUUGACAACAUAGUAAUAAUGGGAACGACCCCCUCCUUAGUGCAUUGUACUUCCUCAUACCAUAGUAAUAAUGAGAAGCCCGGUUUUGAUCAUAUUAAAGCCUUUUUUUAACUGUAAAACCUGAGAGAGGAGGGUGGCAUGUUAGAAGAAAGAAGGCUUUGAGAUUUUAAUGGAGAGUCUAGCUAAGCUUAGUUUAGACAAUGGUAAUAUCUGUUGGCCCAUUGUGAAAUAUUCUGUCUUUCAACUUUUAUAAAUCUCAUAUGGGAUCCGUAGAAACAAUGAAAUGGCACAUCCGUCUUUAUGGUGAGCCUUUUCUUUCUACUUAUUGGGUAACCAUUCACUUGGCCGCAUGAUGUUGGAAGAUGUGAGCACAGCAGGAUUUAUGAUAUUGGGUGCUCAACAUUGUGUGAGAACUCUUAUUGUCUUUCUGAAAGCUAAUUUUUCUUGUUUGACUGAUGCGGUUCACACAUUUCUUUGCAUCUCAGCUAAUAAUAUUAUGAAAACACGUUUUCCUCUUAUAAGUUUGAAUAUUUUUCCAUCACUUGGAUUCUUUAAAUGUCGUUUCACUCUUUUGUCAGGUUUUGGAUGCUAAGUUGGCUGCCUUAUAUUAUGAACGUGAAUAACAUCCAAUAUGGUACUGGAUUUUUUUCUCUUGAAGGUGAAGUCAGCUAUUGGUCGUGCCUCCCGAGGUCUUCCUAUUAGUGGAAUUGAAGCAAUGACAAUCUGCAGCCUGCUGGAAUUGGCGGAAACAUUGCAAAUGACUGUCAAAACAGCAACUAAGGAAGAUCCGGAUUGCUACAAUCGGUUUUUGCCUAUUGCACAACUGGUAAGUUAUGUUUUGCUGUGUUGUUACCUCAGUGAGCACUGCCUUAUCACCAUAAGAUAUUUCGCUCCUGUUGUUUUGGGUAGAUAAUGGAGCUUAAUAUAUAUCGGCCAUUUAUCAAGUUGGUGCAGCAAGUGAUAGACGAGGAUGGAUCUGUGAAAGAUAGCGCGGUCUGUUCUUCUUCUCAUUUUCUUUAUGAUAUUCGUAACGUCUAGAGAACGUGAAAUUUUAGUUCACUAUUGUGAUACUCUGUGUGGCAAGCUGCAUUAUGUGAACCUUGAUUUUAAAAUUUUACUCCUUUUUCGAAUGUUCCAUCCUUUCUUUCCUCAUCUUCUUUUGUUAACUAGAUGAUGUGUGUGAAUUCCUGUUAGAUUGGAUCAUACUCGUUCAGAAUUCGCUGAUUUUCAUCGAUUGAUGUUAGUCUGUUUCAUAACGAAAUUGGAUGAUUCAAAGCUUAUUCUAGAUAGUUCUUAUUACUCUAGGAGGCUUUUACUACUUGCUGGUUACGUCUUGCACUAGGAAUAACGUUACCAACGAGUGAAAGCUACUCCAAGUUGAUUUGACAUAGUAACCAUGACCUAACAAGUCAAAUAGGCGAAAAAUAAUUAAUGAGCGAUAGUCUUAAGAGGUUCUCAUAUUUCAUAUCCUUCAUCAAUCAAUGUAUUAGCUUCUUACACAUUUUUAUUAAAACUUUAAUCUUCUUGGUUGGUAAUUACAGACAAUUUUAUUCACUCGUGCUUUGGAUAGUGCAAGAAAAUGACAUAAGUUUCUGUUUCUGCCAUCUAUAACAAUUUAUUUAACAGUUACUGUUAGACAUCAAGGGCUAAAUUUUUUCUUGUUGCUUGUUCCAUGUCCUAGUAACUUUUUUUGUAAUAUCUUAUGGUUAGUCCGUUUCCAUUUUUCAUCUCAGAGUUCCGAGUUGAAGCGAUUGCGAGAUCAAGUACGAGGUCUUGAACAAAAGGUUUAUGAGCUUCUUUAAUUACUCAAACAAAAGGUGCCUUUUGUUUGUUUCUGAUCUGCUUAUUUUAUUUUCUUUGUAGUCCUGUUACUACUUUCUUUAAAUUUACAGUAUUUAAGGCUCGCAACUCCUUGCUUGGUGUGGGUGUCUUGAAGCCUGAUUGGUAUGCUUUGAUUUUGGAACUGUGUACCAAUGCUGGGAGGAAAUGACGAGGGAGGUGGAUCAGAUAUCUGUGGAAAUAUGGAUUUAAAUACCUGUAGACAUAUGCCAAACAGUUAAUGUCAAAGAUCUAGUAUAAACGGUUCUUAAGAAGAUCAAUGGUGAGGCUCGUCUAGUUGAGAUUCCUAACUCCAGAGGUGUCUCCAACACCUUCAAUAUCCUUUGUUUUUUUUGGACAUCACUUGCGUGGUCCUUUAACCAUGUCUCUGAGGUCAUGAUCUCUUCAAUUAUAAGGGCUCACGUUAAGAUUUUUGAUACAUUAAGGCUAAGAAUAAGGAGAAGAAUGUGCAAGCCAAUUGGGUUACACCAAGACAACUGUGCAGCGAAUGUCGUUAAAUAUAAGAGUAUAUUGGACAAGCCCUACUUUUAUAAUUCAUUGGUGUGGGAGAAAUUAAAUAUAGAGGAAGUAUAGUGGGGGUGAUUAUGAUGGUUCUUUCCUUCCCCUGACAUGACUCACGGAUUCACUCCCCAAAAAAGAAUUAGUACCCAUGGAGAGUUUGAAUGUCUCAGUGCUUGUGCAAAUCUUGGAAGCUCUUGUAGAGUAAAAGACUUAGCCCCACUCUCCGUCCAGGCAAUGGCUAUAGAUUAUGUGAUGUAGGUCCUGGUGACCGGUGCUGAAGUUUUUGGUUUGUUGAUUUUUCUUUGAUAGUGGCUCAUCCCAUGCGAGCAGUCCCUGGGAAAGAUUCAAAGAACAUGUUAAGGAAAUAUGCCUGAUGCCAACUAUGGCAGGCCAUAGUUCUGAUUCACGUUGGUCUGAUGGACUAGUAUGGAGCCGGCUGUUGGGCAGACUAUAUUUUUGGCCUGGGCUGAGGUUCAUGGCUACAAAGGGUAUGGUGCACUUCACACACUAUCUCUUUUUCCAGUCUGGUGUGUAGCUUUCCACUUUUUCUGAAAGGUGGCAGUCCUUAGGCAUUGUCCUAUACAAGGUGGGAUCAGGUUAGUGAGAGCCCAGCAUUAUUUUUUGGUGGGGGUUGUUUGCAUUAAACUUCUGAUGUAAAAUUAGAUAAGGAAGUUUUAACCUGUCAGAAGGAAGAAAAGUGACUCUUUUAAGAGUGUAAAAAAAUGGUGGAGUGGUUCUCCAUAAAGGCAGUAAGAUUUAUAAUUGGGGACAUUAACAAAACAUCCUCCUUUUUUCUAUUCUCAUCUAAUGGAGCUGGGUUGUGUCCAGAGGGUGCUAAUGAUGCAUGGAACUUGGAAUUGGCUGAUUCAUAUGGAUUGCCACUAGAUGCUCUAUUUUUUGAGGUUGAUGCGGGGGGAUGUUUGAUCCGUCCAUUGUUAUUUAAAAGUGAUGUAGGACAACGCUUAGACAGAUGAGAUGGACCCAAAAUUUGUGACCCAAGUGACCUGAAAAUGUAAGAACAUAGGGAAGAAAGGUUGAAAGGCCCAAAACUACUACAGAACCCGAAUUCGAGCAAUUAGGUCCAAAGCCACAUGAAUAAUGUGUCAGAUUCGUCGGGCUAGUAACUGUUCCGUAAUUAAUUCGCUUUCAUAUUGUUUUUCUUAGCUGAACCGACUUUUUAGGGGACUCAUAACUGAUUUCGGCCUAUUUAAAGGCCAGCAUGCUGUAACUUCAAGGGGGAACAAUAGUAUACCAUUUUCAUUCUGUUUGUGAGACAUAUUUGCUUACGGGUUGAAGCAAUCCUUGUGGAUUCAAGGGACGUUAUUCUGAUCCAUUUUGAUCAAGGGCCAUCUGGGACGAUCCUUGUGGACUCAAAGAUUGAAAAGCUCGUGCCUUGUAAAUUUCAAUAUCCAAUUUCCCUGACUUCUAUUGUUUGAGAAAGGGCACCCAAGAUAUUCUGCCUCAACCUUAACUAUGCUGAUUGUAGACAGAUUGUCAUGUCUGAAGCCAUUUAAUCAGAUCAACCAGUUUAUGAUAAAAGUGCUGUCCAUUGCAGGAAGGACAUGGAAAUGCCUCUUGUCAAUGGGGGGAAGAGGAAGGAAUAGAGGGGGGAAGAGGAGAGAGGAAAAAAAUCUGAAAAAAGGGACACCUGAAGUGCUGAUUUCUGACAUCACCUAUUUCUGGUGCUUGUUACGACUGCCGUUGCUGAUGCUAGCAUGUCGCCCCUGGAGUUUAGCCCCGCACACUGCCCUGAUUACGUACCAAAGGUGAUUCUGGAUCAUGGUUGGACUGGUGGGGGGAGAGUUAGUAAAUAGGCAAUUUUUAGGUCCGAGCUUUUAUUUUAAGUUUUGUUGCGCUUAUGCCUGUUAUUAGAUUACACUGUUAUUAGUAAUCUUAUCCGUUUUCUUAGAUUACUCUAUUUCAAGUAAUAGAGUUUUCAAUCAAAUGUGUUCUUCCCUCUGAUAAACUGAUGUGAACAUUUUUCACCUGAACCACAUCGCAGCAUCUGACUAUGGGUACCAUGCUGCAAUGGGUGGUGAGCAGAAUUUUCUAUUACAGGUGUCCUUCCGGAAUUGUCUUGUUUUUGCUGCUGUCAAGCCUGACAUUGGUGUCCUCUUCUUCUGUUUGGAGAAGCAGAUAACAGGCUAGAAGAUUGUGGCUUACACUUAAAUAAGGAAGGCUGUAAACCAACUGGCGUUGCUUGAUAUAACAUUGUCAUCCAAUUAAUGUGAAUUUCCAUCUCGUGCUGAGCUUUAAUGUGGAUGUUUUAACAGUAAAGAGAGGACUAUAUUAGGAAGUAUUCAUAGCUUUUCAUGUAGGCUAUUAACUCAACCGUCCAAUUACUUGUCCAUUAAAACAGAGGGGCUUAAGGACUAAGGCUUUAUGAUGUCCAGCCUCCUGACAUGGUGUUUGAAAUUAUGACAGUACUCACUAACCUGUUCGCUUGAUAACAGAGGAACAGAAUUGCAUGGUACAAUGAGCGUACAAGAAGGGCAUGCUAAAAUAGCUUAUCUAAUAGCUUGUCUGCCUUACCUUGAAUGAAAAUAACAGAAAUGAUCCUUUAAGGUUUGUUACCUGCUAGUCUACUGGAUGUUGUCACAUAUGUGCAAUAAGGGUGAAAUUUCUGAUAACAUGCAUAACAGGCGUGCACUUGCAUUCUUCUGUCUUUAAAACUGCGCAAACUGUCAGUUUCGAAAAUAUUAUAAUAUCUUAAUGUUGAUAUCUGGUGCUUUUUUUUUAUUAUUAUUCAGUUGUACCAGCUAAUGGAUAGGUUGAUUAGGAGCAAUGGUGGUGAAGCUUACUCUACGGUAAGGUGCUGGUGAAAUGGAUGAUUUCUUUUUGUCCUUGUAUUUUAUGUAACUUUCGAUUGUAUGGUUUUUAGGAGCUUAGUAUUGUGAAUGGAAGAUGGUGCGUCAAAGCAGCACUUGAUCAGAAUUCAAAAUUUGAGGGGUUAUUACUAUCCAGGUGUGUUCCUUAUUUCUAUGUAAAGUAUAUAUUAUUGCACAGAAUUGCUGGUACGAUAUGAUUAUGAAACUGCUGAAUGAAGGAAAAGAUAGGCUCUCAAUAAAAUCAUUGCAAAAUCUUAUAGCUACAUUUCAUGAGUGAAACUGGUCACCAGUGGCCUAGGUUUCCAAGGAAGGUAGUAGUUUAGUUAUCCAUUGGAAAAAAUCAUGAUUUUUGAGUGGAUAAAUGGGUGUUACAAAAUUUAUCGUCUUCUCCUAGACCUUCUGAUUUUACAUCAAUAGCCAUCAGAGAGAAGACAAACGGGGAGGGGAAGCCACAUUUGUGGCCACUUGGGGGGGGGGGAAGGGGGUGGGGGUGGUGUUUGGGGGGUGAGAGACGAGGAGUGAGCAGUGUUAGUGGGAAGAAAACGGGUGGCACGGAUUAGGCUUUCUUUUGGAAGGGUGAGUUAGUCUUUUCUUAAAAUUGAUUAAAAAGCAACAUUUAACCGUGGUUAAACCAUUUAUCAUUAACAGCGACUAGUUCUUAAUUUUGGAGUAUAUAGGAAGUCAGACUGCCGAGUAAAAGUACAAAGGACAUCCCAAAAUUGAUUUAUCUUUUAAGGAACUAUACUAAAGUUAACUCUGUCUCCUUACUUGAUAAACUUGGUUUUUGAGACAUUCAAUGAUGUAUUUUGUCUGCUAAUUUACUAUGCUAAAACUAUUUGAUUGAGAGAUGUAAUAAUUGAUAAUGCCGAGAUCAAUGUCUGAAUGUAAAGUAGACUAAAAGAAACUUAGAUCACUACAGAAUAAGUUUUAAUUUCUUUUCUUCUAAAGACAAGAUGAUUCAUCCAUAAUUACAUCCCACAUUAAAAAUAAUCUUGAAUAAAUUCUGUUAGACGAAUUCAUAUUGGAAAAUAUGCCUACAAGGGUUUAACGUGACCAUUACUUCAAGUGGAAUAUUUAUUUUUAGUUCUGUUCCUUCGAAAAAAACAUCUUUUAUGUGUGUCAAAGACUAUUUUCACCUAUUCUGGAAAUGCAUCUGAUUAGAAAAGUUGACAAUCUUAUCUUUCAUAUGCUAAUCCCGGAACACACCCGUAUGUAUAUAUUAGUAUGACCGCAUCUUUUAAUUUGGGAAAUAUGAGAUACUCUAAGGUUGUUUAUGUUGAGAAUGUAAACGAAAUUCUACUUUCAGAUGACUAAUGCAGGUGCUGUAAUGCUGUUGUAAUCGGUGAACCUGAGUACUAAAAAAUGUGUGUUAUGUAAACAUAACAGAAAAUGGACAAUUUUGGCGUGGGAAACCCUUUUAACUCGGAUGGUGUGAAACCACAAGACAACUAGGAUGACAUCCACUAAAAUGAAAUGGAAGAUGUGAGAAUCGAUUAGAUUAAGGGUUGAAAUCUGAGGAACUCAACUUUAAAGAAAAUACGGAGUUAAUUCGGACCAAAGGUUGGGAACUAGUAUCCAGAAAACUUACUCUGGAGAUAAUCAAAUCCUGAGUCUGAUAAGUAUCGGAGAACAGUCUAAAUCGAACAGGAAAAACCCAUUUCUCCUUAUCCCGUCCUCUCUCUCUCAAAGAAUUUAUAUGUAUAUAUAUUCUUUUCUCUCUUAUUUUCCUCUCGUGGCUGACACACACCUUUUUCUUUUCUUUGUUUGCCACCUCUCUCUCUUUCUCAAAAUAGGCUUUAAGGAAACAACCCAAAUGGGAUCCUUGUGGUGGAUCAAAAAUGGAUCCCACUGAAUUUUUAGAUUGGAUUCAUAUGCCAACACAAUAUUCUAUAAGAUAUAUAACAUUGGCUAUUUAUAUAAGCGGGUUAGAACUUUGUAUUGAGCAUAUGUUUAAUCUUCUCUUUUAUCAGAUUAUAAAGAAAUGUGGAAGUGAUAUCAUUUUCCUCCAAUCUUUUGUGUCCAAAUUUAUAUUGUAGGUGCUGAGCUACUUGAGCUAUUCAGACUAAUGUGAAUUAUUAUUUUCUUUCUUCUACUGGGCAAGCAUUGAACCAUGCAGCAUGCAUAUAAUGAGAUUGCUGUGAGAAUAUAAUCAGAGCUCCUUUUAAUAUUUUUAAAACUUAAAAUUUAUCUCUUUCUGAUUUAUUGGAACUUCUCAAGUGGUCCGGGUGUAGAAAGCUUCAUUGAGCCACUGUCUGCUGUUCCUCUGAAUGACGAACUACAACAGCUGAAGUCGCUCGUGGUUAGAGCUGAGGAAGCUGUACUUUCAAAAUUAACUGAUAAGGUUUGAUGGCACUUUUCAAUUGUGGCGGAUUGUCCUCACUUUUUUUUUCAAGGACCAUUAUCUGUUGUUUACAAUUUCUUUUUAAAAUUUUCAGAUGGUGGCAGAGCUCGAUGGGAUACAAACUCUGUUGGAUACAAUUGUACAACUGGAUGUGGUAAGUGCCAUUUAUCUGACCUCUUUCUAUAAACAAUGUGCUGCGAAUGGGAUUUCCAUUUACAUGGGAGUAUCUUGCUCUUCUUGAUUGUUCUAUUAAAUUCAUGUUAAUUAGCAUGAAUGCGUUAAAUACAAGUUCAAAUUUUGGUAUUCAAGCGGUGAUAAAUUGAUGACUUUGUCAAGACGAAUUAUAAGGCUGACUCAGUUUUCAGCUUUAUAUUAAAGUUAAACAGUCAAAGAUUUGCUUGUAGCUUCAUCAAAGUAAAUAGCUCCUUACACAAGCCGAAUUCAAUUUUUCAGUAGAUUGAGAUGACUUUAAUAAUCUGAGAUAAGGACGAACGAGAAGAUAAUUUCACCAUUGUUGGGCGAAAUUAUCUUCUUGUUGCCAGAGAUGAGCACAUGGUAUGUUUGAUCGCAACUCCAGUCUCUUGGAGUUCAGCUCAGAUCACUGUUCUCUGAGUAGUGUAUCUCCAUUUUACUGAUAGGGAAUUUCACCCCUAUUCCUCUCGCCCAGGAGUCUGGUUGCAAGAUUAUCUUUCUCAUUUGUCCUAAAAGUCAGCUUCUUUUCCUCUUUUUGUUGCAACUAAACCCAUCUUGCCCAAUAAUUCUAUUGCUGCCUUUUCUAGUCAAUCAUCAUUGUCAAUAGACUUUAUAAAAUUAUGAGGGGAAUGGAUCCCCUUUCUGCUUGCCUUAUCAUUCGAUAUAACAGGGGCUUUGUUUGCUUCGAAGAGACAUCUGUCUUUCCCUGCCAUUCCUCUUAAACCUCUCCCUUUCAAGCCAUGGGACAUUCCUUUCACGUCCUCUUCAAUCUAACCAAGUCUUAUGGAACAAUUGGCUUGAGGAAUUGUGGAACAUCAAUGAUAGGCCUUGUCUUCAGGCUCCAAACUAUCUCAAGGGCACUAUUAAUGAAAAAAAUAGGCCUGCAUGAUAACUACCUUGCUCAUUUGUGCCAUUAUUAUCUUUGAACCUAAUUGGUGUAUUUAUUUCUUGAAUGUUUGAUCCUCAAGAAACGUACAUAAUAUAAUAUUUAUCUUUGUUAUUGAUUGCUCAGACUUUGUAUGCGCAUCACAAGAUUUAAAUAAUUUCCUUCAAGGUUUUCACUUAAUUUAUAUUACCAUAUCUUCUAACGGUAGUGACAGGAAUACCUUAUUCGGCGGAUAUUCGUGGAAGAACAACCUUUAUCUCUGGUCACUCAGUCUGUAUUAUUUCCGUUUUUUUCUCUUCCUCUUGAUGAAUUUUUAAGCAUUGCUUUGGUGGUGAAACGUAGGUAUUUGCCAGAGCAAAGUAUGGUCUUGCCUUCGGAGGAACCUUUCCUGUGUUAUCAUCUACGGGGAAUGAGCUCACGCACAGCAGAAAUGCCGGCAAUCUUUCAGCGGAAAAGCCUGACAACUCUAACCAGAACAGCAGGAAGUUGUACCUGAGGAAAGCUUAUCAUCCGCUUCUGGUUAAAAAACAUCACGAUAACUUGCAACAAGCUAGAAAGGAUGUCACUAAUGCUACUUCUGUAAGCUAAACUUUAGGUGCCCUCUAAAUUUCUUCAUUUAUCCAGACCAUGCUAUGGCAACAAAGUGUGAUAAGCUCUCUUCGAUGAAACAUACAUUUUCUAUCUCACUAAUUUUUUGUCUUAUCUUCAAGACUACAGGGGAAUAUGAAUUUGCUCAUAUGAAUUUGCUUUGAUCGGUUCCUGUAGGAAAUGAGAAGGGCAAGACUACAGGGGAAUAGUAUGGUAUCAAAAGGUGAUGGUGAAUUGCGACUGGCAAAUUUAAAACUCAGGGUAGGAGUUAAAGGAAUAUUCAUGUUAGUGUUAUUCUUCGUUUAUCAUAUUAAUUGUAACUUUCUGAUCUAGUUUAUUCCUCCACAAUGCUUAUAUUAAUUCAAGGUUGCUGAAAUUGAGGAACGCCAUCCUGUACCAGUUGAUUUUCUUGUAUCCGGCAAAACAAAUGUGCUGGUUAUAACCGGUCCCAACACAGGGGGUAAAACCAUUGGGUUAAAGACAAUUGGCUUGGCGUCCAUGAUGGCAAAAUCAGGUUUGGCUUGCCUUUGCAUGUCGUGCAUUAUUGAGAAUUCCUGCUGUUUGUUUCUUUUCUUAAGGUUCCGUGUGCUAUAUGGCUAGGAGUAUGAGCUCUGUUGGAAGAAGAAUCAAGCUCAUCUUGCAUAGGUUCACUGUAUGAGUUCUGAAGUUCUUGCAUCAUCUGGCUUCAUCAUCGUUAACAGAGUCUCUCCCAAUUUGGGAUACGUCUCCAUUUAUCCUUUAGAUUAUAUAAUCAAUUACCCAUCUUACAUACAGCUAUCAGACAGUUCAUUCAUCAUAUGUCCUUGCUUAUUCUGGAUGAGAAUCUGAAACUUUCCUUGCUAUAUCUUAUCCAGCUUUAUCUUUCAAUGAUGUGAAAUCUUUAUUGGGGACAUUUCUUUGUAUUUUCUAACUGUUCAUUGGAGGGUGUUUGCUCCAGAGUUUCACUGAAUGGGUCACUUGAAUGCUGAUCCAGUGUUUCUAUUUCUUUUAAAAGACAUCACGAGAAAGGUGUUUAUCUACUGCAUAGUUGACUGAGUAGCUUGCUCAAGUAAACCUGACAUUAAGGUGCUGUCACAUCGGUGACUGUCGCCGUAUAUACUGGUUUUAUUGUGAUUUUUUUCGCUUCUUCAUUUGUGAAUUGUGUGGUUUCUGUUCAUCGGAACAAUUUUUUGAUUUAUACAUCUUUUGAGUCAUUUGAAAUGAUGCUCCAAACUGGGGUUGACUGAUUUACUAUUCAGUUAUACAUUUUAUACAAGGUUAUACAUCCAUGCUUUUAGAGUUCAAUUCAUUGUGAGAAAUGAUAUUGACAUAUUUGGGUUCACCUGGUUACUGCUGACUUUUUCAUUUAAAUAUAACGCCUGGUACUAUUUAAUGGUAUAACUUGCCUCAUUCUCACGUGGAUAUCAUGCAUCAUAACCUGUCUUAAGCUAAGCCAGUAGAUAUUGGAGAAUUUUAUCAUGUUUUAUACAGUUGGUUUUUCUAUUUCAGGUCUCUAUGUUCUUGCUUCUGAGCCUGCUGAAAUACCAUGGUUUGAUGGUGUAUUUGCCGAUAUCGGUGAUGAACAAUCAUUGGCUCAAUCUCUAUCUACAUUUUCUGGACACUUGAAGCAGAUCAGUGUAAGUUCUUAUCACUUUCCAUGAGUUUGCGAUUGAAUGUGUUUGCUACCGUAAAUAUGCCUGACAGGAUAUCAUCCCUAAUCCCCUACUGUAUUGUGCAUUUACAUAUCAUGGGGAAUGCUAACAGCUUUUCAUUCUGCAUAAUGAAUCUAUGGUUGGAAGUUUAGAUUAUGAUCUAAAAUUGAAAAGGGGUUUUGCUUAUUUUGUUAUCAGGAGAAUAGCGAACUACAUCUGAGAAUAAAAUUGGUUCAACUCGAUUCUUUCUGAUGACAAAGUGUUCACUAUGAUAUGUAGCAACUUGAAUUUUUUUGUCUCUGUAUAAUUGGAAGUUAAAUGCUCUUCCAGAUUUAUCUUUGAUAUAAUUAAGAGUUCAAAUUGGUGUGAGUUAUUCUUUCCUGAUCUGUGGCCUGAUUUUGAUAUUGGGUGAAGCUGACAUGGGUAUCUCCAUGCAGAACCUUAAUUUGUUGUAUUGGGCUUAUGGGAUUUCUUUCACCCUAUCAACUACUAGAUCUCUAAUAUACCUGAUUACAUGAUAAGAGAGAACACUGGCACUUGGGGGCGUCCCCUCUACAGAGUAGUACAAGGAUUUUACGUAGGUACCUUUUCAUGGGAUAUUUUUGCAGGGUUGGACCUCGAUAUUCCUGUUACAUGAAAUAAUGUUUUGAUAUUUCUUUUUGACUGAAAAUUUUCCAGUUUCGACCCUAGAUUAAUUUAGUGCCUACUCUUUGGCAAGAAAUUUCCCUUCCUCAGUUAAUUCACCUGUUAUUUUCUUGAUUUUCAUAUAUCAUAUGUUGACUGUGUAAAUGAGUUAAAUUUGAAGUAUGAAUAUUAUCACAGUAGGUUUCAAAUGGAGGCAAGUACAAUAUAAUUGGUGUCUCCAGAAAGAUAUAAUAAACAUUGUUACCAUUGACAGUGCAGUAUCUUUGGAUUUAAUUCGAUACCUUGGUUAACUAAACGCAUUUUUUUAUUGGAAUAGUUUUUUUCCUUUUCGAAUUUUGAACUUUGUUUCAUGUUGUCUAUCUAUGUGCAUAUCCAGGCAAUUCGGUCCCAGUCUACCAAACAAUCACUGGUUCUUCUAGAUGAGGUAUGCACAAUAUUCUGUUUCUGACGAAAUUUUGUUGCCUCAGUCGAAUUCCUUGAAUGAAGCAUAAACAGGAAAAUUUUCGGGCUCAAUCAUUGACAUGAGGAAUAACACACUUUAAUGAUCACUUCUUGUAGGUUUGGUAGCACAAUUCGAUAGGGAAAUGUGUGAUUGAUGCUUUGUGUUCGGGAUCAGAAACAUGGAACUCGGUUCCUUUUCCUUUUAUAUUCGUCCUGGAUGGUAGCAUUUUGGGUUUGUCCAUGGCUUCCAGAGUAGAAGUGUAGAACAUCCAAAUAAGUUUUCUUCAGAAAUUUCUCUGUUUUUAAAUUUUUCGCCACAGAUAGAAUUUAUCCUAUGAAAAUUUCAAUGUUGUCAGUUCCUUUGAAAAUUUUACUGUAGAUCCCAGCUUAUCCGCUCAGUUAUGAAAUGAAGCUUGUGAUCGAGUGACCGUGUGGCCGAUUUCCUUUGCUUAUAGAUAUAUAUUUUGUAUUGGGAACAAAGAGACUUAUGCACCCCUCUGCAAGAGUCAGUCUGGGUUUUGAUAAAAGAAGAAUAAUGUGCUAAGAAGCGGAAUAAUUGACACUGAAAAGGGAGAAGUAUCCCUGCCAUCCUUCUAAUAUGAUUUCUUCCUGCACAUGUCACCAUAAUUUGUGUGAACAUUUCUUCGAUGAAUGCAUGUCUCAAGUCUUAGUUGACUUUUCAUUAUACUGUUCUAAUCCCAGGCACCAACUUUUAUUCAUAAAUGGAAGGAAAACGAAAAAUUAAAGACAAAGCAACAAAUGAAAAUGGUAGCAUGUGUAAUAAUUAUGAGUUGAAGUCCCAAAACAUUAGUUUAAACGUGACACAACAUUUAAAGUAAACCCGAUGGCAAAAAUGGACUCACUUGAGUCCCAGGAGUCACCAUGGUUGUACAACUUGUCCAGCAAGAAGGCCUACCCAACUAGUAACCUACAUGUAAAAAAGACAGACUAGUAUGCCAGGCUAAACUUCAUGAGGUACGAAAGUAAAAUGGCGGAAAUAUUUUGUUGUGAAGAGUUACUCCACAGGAAUCCUGGAUGUGGAAAAAGAUAGUUUUUGGUAGAUAAGCUAAGGACUAGUUCAUCAGGCAUGACGAACUUCAGAGACGGGUUGAAGAUUUGGUUUUCUAGGUAUGAUUAAGUUGAAAAAUAGUGAGAGACUUUGAUUGUCAAGUUUAUAGCAUAGAAGAACUGAAGGAAUUUUUCAUCAUUGACAGAAAGUUGAAGGGCUGGAGCCAUUUUAUACGAAAAUGGAUUGGUCAUAAAUUGAUGAUCUGGUUCAUCAAUGUCAAAGUGCUGAUGAUAUGAAAACCUAUCCGCUAGGCAUGAUGAACCGAUCAGCAGGGGACCCGGCUUGAAAGGUAGGAAAACCUUGGCCAAUUAAGGUACAGAGAGCUCGACGGAGAAUACUAAGAAUCGGUUCAUGUCAAAUGAUAACAAAACAGGUGGAUUAUCCAUCAUCUUAAAUGAUAAUAACAGGAUAUAUUUGUUGUGCCAUGCCAAAUUGCAAUGUCUUCUUCUGUACAUUUCAGUUGGAUAAGGAUCAUCGAUACAUGUGUCCCUAAGGUCUCAUCAUUGGUCUCAGGCCCAUCUUCCAAUUGUGAACAACAUGUGAAGCACAUGACAUAUUACAGAAGCAUUGACACGAUUACUAUGGCUGGGCGUUUGUCUCCUAAACUGCAAGUCACCGAAAAUAAAAGCUACAAAAUUAUGUAAUUGUGUGUGUGUAUAGCAUAACAGUUCAUGAAAGUCCAAAAGAGAAUGAUAAAACUACAAAACUGACCCAGGAACAUUGUUGCUCUUCCGAGUUCUUCUUGAUCCAUCCAUCACCAUCUAGAGUAACUUUCCCUUGGAAUCGUAGUGACUGAGUAUGUAAGCCAUUGGUGCCGAGUUUAAGUCAUCCACCACACAUUGAAUUAACACGAGUUUUGCACAUACACAUAUGCCAUAUGAAGGAAUGGCCAUUGAGAUAUUAUUUAACAUUAUUUUCAUUUCAUAUCUAUCCAUGCGAAUCACCUAUGUGCAUGAACGGGACAGAAGAGACAGAUUAUAACCCUUGUGAUCCAUUAUUGGGUUUCCUUUUCAGAUUCCUUCUAUGUUCAUGAAUAUGCCAAAGAACUAGGUGGGGAAGAAUACAAAGAAUCGUGAAUAAUAUCAUAAUUUUUUUGCAAAGGAUCCUUAUAUCAUCAUUCCCAUUGUUUGUAGUUCUUACCUUGUAUCCGGCGUUUCAUUGUUGUUCCUUAUGUUGAGCUUCUGUGAAUGUGUUCCUCAAGUCACGGGAUCUGUGCAGCUUGUUGCAUCGAAUCUACGUAUAAUUAUAGAAUCAUGAGGAAAAUCCUAAUCUUUCUAGUUUCAGGGUUAAUUGCACUACCAUAAGACAGAUUUUAGCCUCACAACUGAGUCAAGUCUCUCCCAAGAGUUGAUUCCGCUAUUUAAUAAUAACAGUGUUCUAAUAGCUUUGCUUCCCACUGUUCCUACACAUCUUAAUUGCAUUUAGGACUAUCCUACAGAUCGUCUGGGAAUCCUAUUAAUUAGGAAUGAAUAAAAUGAACACGGCACAGAACAGAACAGAUUCCUGGUUAUGUCAGUGCAAUUCUUGUUGCCUGUGGGCAACAGUCAGUCUGCACCCAAACCAUAGUGCUGAACUCCAUACUCUGACCUAGUUGAUCACACAAGGCAUUGGUGUGAUGCCACAUUCUGAACUAAUGGAAAGUCUGAAUUAAAUAUACAAUAAGUCAUAGAUUUACUCGCGCUUUCUUCAUUAUAGCAAGCUGAUGCUCUGAUCAUCAUUCUUCUGCAGUCCACAAUCUUCCUAUUUUCAGAAUUUUAUCGACUUAAUUAUUUUCCGUCAUGGCUGAAAAUACUUGAGGCUUCUUUUAAACGAAAUUUUGAACUUUUUUUGAUGUAUUCAACGCUAAUCUUUUCUGGGGCAUUCUUAUGACUAUACCAUGUCGCAUAUCUAUUAUGUCUGAAAGUAGGAUAACCUAGUUUAUCUAUGAAAGAAUUGCCUUCUGAGAAAUUCAAUCUGAAUAUUUUCUCACCGUUUUGGAAAUAUUAAUUUGGCAUCCUUAUGAAGAUGACUUAUAUAAUUCUACGACUUUUUGAUUUAUUAAAAAUAAGAGUAACCUGCCAUCAGGGCUUACAAGUGUAUCCGUGACUGUGCCAGGUUGGUGCAGGUACCAAUCCCCUUGAAGGAGCGGCCUUAGGGAUGUCUCUUUUAGAAUCAUUUUCUGAGAUGGGUGCUCUGUUGACGAUUGCAACGACUCAUCAUGGAGAACUAAAGACUCUUAAGUAUAGGUAAUUAUUUUUGGUUUCUUUCGAAUGCUAUUGAAGUAUCUUGGUGCCUUAAACUGUUUUUGCCUCAUGGGGUGGAUAAUACAUGAAUGCCAUCCGUCUAACAAGUGGAUUUAUUAUAGAGAUUGGAAAGUGGUUGACGUGGUAAAACAUGUUUGAGAAUUUUCAAUAAUUCUGCUUGAAAAAUAACAUACUGCAAAAGGCUAGAGAGUAACAUGUCAAUAUAUGCUGAACAGUGUUAUGAUAUCUGUAUUCAAGAUAGAGGGUGUGUGAAUGAAGUAUAAUAAAUCAUACGUUGAGGUUAUACACCAAAUAGAGACAGAUCAUGGUAUUGAGCAAUGAUGCAAUAUGGGUGGAACAUUAAGUGAAGUGUUGCACUCAUAGGAAACACAGGCCACAUAAACUAAAAGUGGAAAAGAGAGAUCACGCACACAAUCAAUGCAAGUUGACAUGAGGUGCAAGAGCCACAUAGAGUAAGCUUACAACAAAACAUUUAAGCAAUUUGUGGACAUCCGUUAGACACAGAAGAGUAUGGCUUUGAGUUAUUUAUUAAACAUAAUUGUCACUAAAUCAUGAUAUAUUCAUGCAUAAUAUACAGUUCACCUCGUUGCAUGCAUAUAAAAAAUAUAAAAAGUUUACUUCAAAAGCUUCACUAUCUUUUAAGUCAAACAAGUAGAGCAUCAUAUAAAAUGUUUCGCUCAUUUAUGUUAUUCACAUGCUUCGAUUUAAUUCAUGAAAACCUACUGUAAUUAGAGGGUGAAUAUUUUGUGUGUGAGUCACAUACAACAACCGGUAACGAGAUUAAUCAGUCAGAUGACCUGAGAUUUAGCAUGGAUUGACCAACCAUGGAUUGUUGUCAAUGAUUUUUUCAACACUUGUAGUUCAUAAGGUUCCACACUAAAUUUAUUUUGAGGCCUAUGAGCAUACACUUGCCUAACUAUUAUCAGUACAUGCUGUGAACAGUCACAAACCCUGGGAAGAAAUGGAGAGGAAAAAGUCAACACACCAUUAUGUACAAAUACCAGGGCCACAAAGCAAGGAAACUACCUAAGAACUAGUAAACCGACAAACUAGAAAACAAACCAACACAGUGGGAAACUGUCCAACUAAGAACCGAACUCCUAAUUAUAUGUUCUUUCCCACAGUGCUUAUAGUUUAGAGUGAAGUGUCGCUCAUAUCCUAUGUUAUUUUCCGCAUUGGGUUUCUCGUAACUUCAUUUUUUUCUUUAUUGUUGUGCCGCCAUUUCUUGACCCAAAACACAUGUUCAAGAUCAACACAACUUAUAAUAAUUUUUUUUGUUAUCAUCAUUUUUUUAUGGAGUUCUCAUUUUAUGUUAGUGGAAUUUCUUAUCCCCUAUCAUUUCUUUGGAUUCAUAUAAUGUAACCAUAGUUGACCAUACAUGAUUGUAGAACUAGAUCAUGCUUUCUAUAGUCAUUAUGCUGAGGGAUAGUAGUCAGUGUAGGGAUUUCGUGCAACAGUUGUAUUCAAGUUUCACGAAAUGAUCUUUUGCAGUAACAAGUCAUUUGAGAAUGCUUGUGUGGAAUUCGAUGAAGUCAACUUGAAGCCAACCUAUAAGAUAUUGUGGGGUGUACCAGGUUUGUUUUCUCAUUCCUUGAAAUGUUUUCUUCAAUUUCAGAACAAUAAGAGAUAUUGAACUCUGAAAUCCUUCGCCAUAUUUUACUAAUAUAUUCUCUGCAGGGUAUGAACGCUCUUGGUUUUGAAUUUUAUUCUCAGUUUGGUUAGCCAAUGACUUAGUUUUCACUUGAAAGAUAUAUGUGAAUUUGAACUAUCGUUUCAUCACUGUGAAAUGUUCUUUUUUUUUAUGAAAAUAUCGGCUGGAUGGUGAAAAUCCUCAUCCAUCACAUCUGACAGAAACAAACCCGUAGCUCCAGUCAUCCAUUACAUUGCAUCCCAGAUCAUAAAAAGAGGGGAAGAUUGUGUACCACACCAUAUCUUCCUGUUCUCACCACAGGCUCUUUGGUGUCCUUUAUUUGGACAGAAGCAUGACUGCAGGAUCAAUCUCUCAUUUGAUAUCUGUUUUCAUCUUAUUAUAGUAUUUCCUGAAGAGAUUGUACAUGAUUUUCACAUUGCAGGCCGUUCGAAUGCAAUUAACAUUGCUGAAAGGUUAGGAUUACCCAGUGUUGUGCUGGAGAAUGCUCGCAAACAAUAUGGAAAAGCAAGUGCAGAGAUCAACGGGGUAUACAUCUAUAUCUUUUUUAUCCGGAGAGUGUUCUAUUCGAAUAGGUUUGCCUUCCACAGAAUUAUAUAUAUACCUUGAUUCUUGAAAACAGCAGCAAUGCAUAACAUGGGAACUCCCCUUGGCUCUUAGCAUGAUUCAAAGAGUGUCUAUAGAGGAAGGAUCUUUGAUAUUUCUGGGAUAGCCAGGAUCCUUGGCUCAGAAAAAGAAUCUGUAUACCAAUAGAUCUGUAUCCAUACUGUCUCUUAUUAUCCUGCCAAAUCUCUCUCAGGUGUCCUUACUAUUUUUAAGUAACACAUCGGUUUUUGCAGAUUUUCAGAUUUUUAUUUUUAUUUUUUGGGUUGGCAACUAUCUUAGACCCCCAGAUAUAAAGAUACAAAAAUACUGCACUAUCUCUCAACAACCCAUUCAUCUGCGACAACUUUUUAGGUCUUGGUCGUGUGGCCAAUGCCUUUCUGGUACAUUCUGACAACAAUGGAUGUAUAAUCCUUGAAAGGAAGGGUUAAAAAAUUUUGGUGCUGCUGUACUACCAGGUGAAGCGGAGAGAUCAAGCUCCCUCCUUUUCUUCCCUCACUCUUACCGCGGGUUAUGAUAGAUGAGCUUUGCAACCCAGGUUCAGGACUUUGAUACAAACAUCUAAUGACAUUAAGUGGUGAAAUGUGAGCUAGAAUGGACACUUGCGGGGAACGAUAAGUUGAAUAGAGAGAGAAAAUCUUUCUAUUUUUCUGUCUCAUGCAUUUCAUCUUAUUUGUAUGUUAUUAAAUCAGUACUUUAUAAUUGAUAAAGAAAAUUUGAAUACCUGGCCCUGGGAGUGAUCAACCGACCUUCUUGGAUUGGUUGCCUCAGAAAGCUUGCUCAGAUUGCCACCAGUGAACUUUUUUAUGAGCUAUCGUCUGAGUAGAUAUUGUCAUAUUUUCCCCUCUGCCUCUUUCUAUGCAGGUCAUAGUUGAUAUGGAGAGGCUCAAGCAAGAGUUUCAGGCGCAUCUUCACGAGUCCCAGCACUACAUAAAGUGAGUGACCUCCCUGGCAUAUGUUCUUGUUCAUCUCGCCCCAUACCACGCUUUCUUCCUCUCUCUUUGGUCGCUUUCUUCCUGGACUUUGACGUUCUGAGGUUAGGUCAAUGAAAUCAAUCAAUUGUACUCUGUAUUGAAGUCACACAUCUGUGUCAGUGAAGUAAAUGGCCCAGCAUUCCCCUCGAUCAGCAAUGCCCGUCUCUGCAGAAAUGAUUAGUUCCAUGGUGGACAUUAGGUGACCUCCGUUGACCUCAUAAUGAAUAACCGAGGUCAGCUUAUCUCCCUUGUUCGUACUGUCUGAGGACCCGGCUUUAAAUCAAGAUCAUCAGUCAGAUCAUGAACCCUGGUUGACUUAUAAGCUGCAUUGUCGGCAUUUCUUUCUUCCUCUCAAACGUUUUCCCAUGAAAUCUGGAGAUUAUCCUUCGUGGGUUUCUUUUGAUUUCAUAUCAGAAGCUAAGUCUGUUCUUCACAGUUGCGGUAGUUUCCCCUUUUUUUGCCUUAUUCAUGGAAAACUCUCCCUUCACCUCUAAUCCAGUUUUCACUCUUCCAUUUGCAGACUCUCGAGAAGAAACUACGAAGCUCUUCUGGCAUCGAGGGAGAAGAUCCAUGAGCACGCCCUGGUUCAACGCAACAACAAAGUGCAGGCUAUCCGUGGGGCUGCAGCCGUAGCCCGAUCUCUCCUCCACACCAAGCUACAACAGUUCCGGGAGAGAUCGGCCGCCCAGGCCGCAGAGGUGGCGGUGGCGGCAGCAGCGGCAGCAACCAGCAACAGGGAAGACCACAGCCUGGAUUCCCCACCGGCAGCCGCCCUCCCGCCGCCGCCCAGUGGCAGCUCCUUCUCCAAGAGUACGGCCCUUCUGAUAUGCCUAGACUCCUACUCUCUCCAAUUCGGCGGCUUUCAUAGAGUCAAACUCUUGGCAUUGCAGAGAAGAAGACGAAGAACCCAGCGGUCGGUGACGUGGUGGAUGUUCCGUCCCUGGGCAAGAAGGCGGUGGUCCUCAAGGUUGAGUCGGCCAAAGGAGAGGUCCUUGUCCAGUCCAGCAGCAUGAAGCUCAGGCUGAAGAUGAGCAGCGUGGUGGUCUUGUGA